GAGAUAAAUGAGAAAAAAAGGUAUAGAAUACAUAAUUCUAUUGGAAUGUACUUGCAAGUCCAAACUCUUGGGCCAGCUGGGCUCCGCGUUCACCUCUGAAGCUGUUCCAGCGAGCAGCCCAUUCAUUCCUUCUCCCUCCCCAGCUCGUUCAGUCUACUCUCAUUCCUAGGUCUUCGAUAUGUCCGCCUGAUCGAACGGAUAGGGCUAGUUGCAUCGCCAGUAGGGCGAUUCUCGAAAUUCCUUCGCGGCAGUGUAUAUGCAGAUACUUCAGGGAGCUAAUAAGGUAGGCAACCGGCCGGACAUGGGAUGGGUUAGCUUGGCUCGGGACCCCACCGGCUCUGGGCUGGAGCUGAUUGGAUUGGCUCAAGUUUUUCAAGACCAGGCUGCCUGGCUUCUAGAGCUGACUAAAUAAGAGACGCCCCAACAAAGCUAAAAAAACAAGUUGAAACUAGGAGACACCAAUACAGUUUGAAAAGUUCGAUUAAGAAAUAUGCCAGUUUUCAAAAAAGCGACCAUAGUUUCAAAGGAAUUUCCAGCAUGUAUUCCUUUCGGGGUUUUAUUUUUUUGGGUGCAAGAAUUCAGUGAGAAAUUUAGGCAUAUGUACCUCCAAGUUAUUGACUUAUUGUUGCUUAAAAUAUCGAUUCUCAAAGUUUAAUAUCAUUGGCCAUACUUUUUUUUUUUUCGAAAUAACCUUUAUAUGUGACUUUCAAGGUCCAUGGUUAAAACUUCACAUCUCUCGCAUGUGAAAAGAAAAGAAAUGAAUAGAAAAACUUUAUUGACUUCGGAUCUUGAAGGUUUGAUGGCCCUUUGGGUACUUGAAACUCAUGUUAAUAAAUUAAAAAUAAAUUUGGACCUUGAAGGUACCAAGUUUUAGGCUUCAGAACUUUGAGGUCUGAAAUAACCACAAUUUAAAAAAAAAGAAAAGAAGAAAAAGAACUAAAAAGAUGAAUAUGAACCUCAAAUCAAACUAUGGAGGGAGAUUUUCUAAAGGAAAAAGACGGGGACAUAUGAAUAAAAAUUACUUAACUUCUCAUGCUCGCCUAUUCUGUUUCCCGCCUUAAAAACUAUGAAUUCCAAACCCUAUUUAAACUAUUAAAUCUCUCUUUCUCUCUCUUUUUUUAGAAGGACCCGGUUUCUACGUGGCCCAGCUCGCAUAUUUAGAAAUGCCGGCCUCUUAAUAAAUCUAUUUAAGGACAUGUAAUCUCUAACAUGAAAAUCAUGAAACUAACGGUACAAGUGUUUUCUUGUUAAAAUUAUUAUUUUUGUUUUUAAAUUAUAAUUAUUUUUUAUAUUCAUGAUCAUCGUAUUAGAGAUUACGUGUCCUUAAAAGUUUAUUGCAAAAUCGAUUUAUUAAUAGGCCGGCAUUACCAUAUAUGCGGGCUUGGGCGCAUAAAAAUCGGGUCCUUCUAAUUAUUAAGAGGACAUUGUGAACUUAAAACAGCAAAGCAGAAUCAUGAGAUAACCCAAUGUCUUCUUAUGCUUUAGAGCAAGAAGGAGAAGAAACCCUGAAUCCCAUUCCUCUAACCCUAAUCUCCUUUCAGAAGUGCACUCUAGGCUGCCCAAUCCUUGACUCCUUCUUCAAUGGCGGAAUCCCUUGUGGCUCUAUAACUGAGCUUGUUUCAGAGAGCUCGUGUGGAAAAACCCAACUCUCUCUGCAACUUCUUCUCUGCUCUCUCCUCCCUCGCUCUCAUGGUGGUCUCAACUCAACCUCUCUCUACAUUUUCUCAGAGCCUCCUUUCCCCUUUCGUCGCCUCAAAACUCUCUCUGCAACAUUCAAGCACCCAAACCCUAGCCCCAGCUUCGACCCCUGUGACCACAUCCUCGUUCAUGGAGUCCAGACUUCUGAAGAGCUUCUAGAGUUCCUGGAUCGAGUUGAAACCCUAAUUUCUCAGCCUCUGAUAAGGCCUGUGAAGCUGGUUGUAUUGGACUCCGUUGCUGCCCUUUUUAGGUCUGAGUUCGACAACCACCUAGCUGAUCUAUCUCGAAGGUCUUCUCUCUUCUUCAAGAUCGCUUCAAAGCUCAAGGCUUUAGCGUCGAAAUUCGAGGUCGCCAUUGUUGUUACAAACCAGGUGGUUGAUUCAGUGGGUCUGGAGGGUUUGAAUGAAGUGCAGGUUGGGAACUACAGUUGUUUGUUCUCGUCAGGGAGAAAGGUUUGCCCUGCUUUGGGCUUAUCUUGGGCUAACUGCGUCAAUUCUAGGGUUUUUCUCUCGAGGGAUGAGGAGAAAGUUGCAGACAACAAAAUGUGGGGUUCUAAUAGUCAAGCUUUGUCAGAGAAUGGUGGUUUUGAGGAUGGUUAUGGUGAUUUUCGAACACGAACCAGAAGGAAAAUGCAGGUUGUUUUUGCCCCCCAUUUGCCAAAGUUUUCUUGUGAGUUUGAGAUCAGGAGAGAUGGGGUUUUUGGGGUGAAGCCGUGAAACCUCUGGUUUUAUAUUUUUGAGGAAAUAGCUGAAAGCACUAUAAGAUCUUACCAGUGAAAUGUGAGGUGCUUCCUCUAUUUAAAGAAGAGGCUAAAGAGGAGGGGAAUUGAGGGUAUUUGUUAGUUUUGUGGCAUAUAUUU